AUGCGUCCACAGUCAGCAGCGCUGCCUGGAAAGCGCAAAUUCCACAGCGACGAUACCAAUGCCCCCUCCUCGAAAAAGAAGCGAACCGGUACCGGCCGACUAGAAGGACGCUCAUCCCACAAUAUCCAGUCACAAACACAAGCUUCCCCACCUUCGUCAUCAACAAACCCACAAAAUGCAAGCCCCUUCGCUCAGAUCUACAACCCUGUCCUCGAGAGAAUCGUCCCCAAAUACGAAGUCAAAGCCAUGAGCGUCAUCCCCUCCACGAGCAUAUCCAAGCACGUCGAUAAGGCCUUCCAGCACCUCGGCCGGUUCAGCGCCUGGGACGACACAGUCCUUCCCGGCGUGGUGCUUCUUUGCGCCAAGUCGACCAGCUCCAACAAGCUUAUCUCCAUUGCGGAACUGAUCAGGAGGCGAAUUGGCGAGUCAGAGCAAAAGUGGUACCAGUACAACAUCCUGAGCGAGACGGUGGUGUACGACGACCCUCGGAUGCAGAAGGCAGCCGACGAUUUCCCCUCGAUAGUGGAGGAGACACACAUGGAUGUGGAGGGCGAGGGAGACGGUCACCAGGGCAAUGCUGAGGGUGGUGCUGCGGAGGAGGUGUACUUUGAGUCAAUGAGACCCAUCAUUCAAGAGCAGGCUGUCGACCCGGCCAAACCAAAAUACAAGGCGCAUAUGACGGUUCUCUUAUCGAGGGUUCCAUUGGAGGAGCUCAGGGUCUUGGCAAACGUGGGCGCUCAAACAAAUGAGCAAACUAUCGAUGAUAUCCGGUGCAGGAAGGAUGGUAUGGCUCGUUAG